AUGCUCAACUUCGACAAUUCACGCCAGCUCUUCAUGUCAAGUGACCUAAGCCUGUUUGAAACCGGUCAUUUCAGCGACGCGGUGCUUGUUUGUGGGAACCACGCUUGGAAUGUGCACCGAAGCAUCAUUUGCAAGAGAUGCGCAUGGUUUGAGAAAGCCCUUACGGGCCCCUUCUUGGAGUCCGAGACCAAGACGAUCACUCUGACAGACAUGGCGCCGGAGCCAAUCGAAGUCGUGCUGCGUUACCUCUAUUCAGGUGCUAUAGACAAUGCCGCCGUGCAAAGGUGCGAGGGCGAGUGCAUCCUGAGCACAUACAUCCGCCUUUGGUCGAUGGCAGACUUUUUCCUCAUGGAACCACUAAAGGCCGACAUACUUGCCGCAAUGGAAGAGUCUCUAGAGGAAAACAUGAAAAAAAUGUGCAACGCAAAGUUCCUCGUCGACUCCCCGGAAUGCCAAGCGAUCAUCCAAGAAUUCUUCCACUGUGUGGACACCACUUACCGUGAGCUACCACACACUCAGCCAUGCAAAAAGCUUCUCCUCGAUUACUGCCAUGCAAUCAGGCUCAACCUUUACCGCUCAGACCAAUUCAUUGAGAUGGUUUCCAGCUACCCGGAGCUCGGGCCGGACCUCUUCAUGAUUGCCCUCAAAGGACGGCAAAGCAAGUGGGCUGGAGACUCCAAAGGGGACUACAGGAACUUCUCUGUGUACACAAAGUGUUCUGACUGCAGCCGCAAGUCAAAGUACGCCAAUAGCUGGAACAUCGACCCACAGGCGUCAGGGGAAAACAUAAGGAUCAUGGAAGUCCCCUGGCGCUGCGAGUUUUGCGUGAAGGAAACCGGUUACUGCUGGCAGGGACGUGAGAGUCCUGCGGCCCAGAAGGAGGCGGACGGAAUGUUGUGA